GUGCGUGCAUGCACCGGCGCGUUUUGGGGUGCGCAGGCACCCCGGACCUCGUGGUCACCUGAUGGAGCCGCCCGAGGACACCCUGCGGCGGCUGCGGGAGGCCUUCCGCGCGGGCCGGACGCGACCUGCCGAGUUCCGGGCGGCGCAGCUGGAGGGCCUGGGCCGCUUCCUGCGGGACAACAAGCAGCUUCUGCAGGACGCGCUGGCGCAGGACCUGCGCAAGUCGGCCUUUGAGUCCGACAUUUCCGAGCUUAUCCCGUGCCAGAAUGAGUUGGACCUGGCACUCAGGAACCUGAGCACCUGGAUGAAGGACGAGCCCGUGGCCUCCAACUUGUUGACGAAGCUGAGCUCAGCCUUCAUCCGGAAGGAGCCCUUUGGCCUGGUCCUCAUCAUCACCCCCUGGAACUUCCCGGUGAACUUGACACUCGUGCCUCUGGUGGGCGCCCUGGCCGCAGGGAACUGUGUGGUGCUGAAGCCAUCAGAAAUUAGCAAAGGCACCGAGAAGGUCCUGGCCAAGGUGCUGCCCCAAUACCUGGACGAGAGCUGCUUUGCCGUGGUGCUGGGUGGACCCCAGGAGACGGAGUGGCUGCUGGAGAACAAAUUUGACUACAUCUUCUUCACAGGUAGCCCUCGCGUUGGCAAGAUCAUCAUGGCCGCUGCGGCCAAGCACCUGACGCCCGUCACGCUGGAGCUGGGGGGCAAGAGCCCCUGCUAUGUGGACGACAACUGCGACCCCCAGACCGUGGCCAACCGCGUGACCUGGUUCCGCUACUUCAACGCCGGCCAGACCUGCGUGGCCCCCGACUACGUGCUGUGCAGCCCCGAGAUGCAGGAGCAGCUGCUGCCCGCCCUGCAGGAUGCCAUCACCCGUUUCUAUGGCGACGACCCCCGUUGCUCCCCGGACUUCGGCCGCAUCAUCAGCGAGAAGCAUUUCCAGCGGCUGCAGGGCCUGCUGGGCUGCGGCCGGGUGGCCGUCGGCGGCCAGAGCGACGCGAGGGAGCGCUACAUCGCCCCCACGGUGCUGGUGGACGUGCAGGAGACGGAGCCGGUGAUGCAGGAGGAGAUCUUCGGGCCCAUCCUGCCCAUCGUGAACGUGAGGAGCCUGGACGAGGCCAUCGACUUCAUCAACCGGCGGGAGAAGCCGCUGGCCCUCUAUGCCUUCUCCAACAGCAGCCAGGUGGUGGACCAGAUGCUGGAGCGGACGAGCAGUGGCAGCUUUGGGGGCAACGAGGGCUUCAUGUUCCUCACCCUACCAUCCCUGCCACUGGGAGGGAUUGGCAACAGCGGGAUGGGGAGGUACCACGGCAAGUUCUCUUUCGACACCUUCUCCCACCACCGCGCCUGCCUGCUCUCGCCCUCAGGCCUGGAGAAACUCAGUGAAAUCCGCUACCCACCUUAUACUAACCGGACCCAGCAGCUGAUCACCUGGGCCCUGAGCUCCCGGAGCUGCACCCUUCUCUGAGCGCCCAGCCCCCCGCCCCCACGUGACCCCUCCGUCCUGCUGCCCAUGGCUGCCGGGCCCUGACCUGCUCUGGGCUGCCACCUGCUGCCCAGGUCCUCAGCGGCCCCUGACAGAUGGGCGUCCUGCCCAGGACUGUCAACAUCCAAUGCCUGUGGCUUCAUCUGAGCUGACGGCCAACCCGGCAGGACCUCUGGGUGCCUGGUCAGCCCCUUUCAGGAACAAAGUUCCUUCUGCAGCCUACUGGCAGAUUCAUUGACUCUGCUUGAUUAUGUCUGGUGAUGGGGAGCUCACCCCACCCAAGGUUGGGCAACUCCUGUGGUUAGAAAGACCUGCCUUGUGUCAUGUUGAUAAAUAGGCUCCCCAGGGGCAGAGACCUUU